UGUUACACUUUUCAUCGGUUUUCAUAAAUAAUCAUUUACAAUCAAGGCUAUUAACAUGUAAACAAUUAAAUCAAGGCAGGAUGAUUUAGCAUGAACACACUGUUUUAGUCGACUCUAUUUUAAUGUCUUCUCAUUGAUUUGAUUUAUUUUCAAAAUCAAACAAAACCGUCAAUCAAUUUUGUCGUCUUUCCUAUUUGUGAUGCCAUCUUUUGUCUUCUUUUUAACUGUUCAUUGUUACGCUCGCUUUUAUUUUCAUCUUUGUUUUGUUCUCCUUCUUGUCCAUAGUUUUGUCUUUAAUUAUAAUAAUAUCAUCAUAAUGACAAUUGCGGUGAUGAUUCAGCUCGUGUUAAUUAGUCAAUGUAACUGGUUGCUUCCAUUGUCAAUACUCGGCCAGCCACCAUGAUGGUGACAACUCAUCUCAGCAACUAUUUGGUGAUUCUUGGGAUUUUAAUUAACCCAAUCUAUAGUUUUUAUCCAACUUAUAAUCUUGAUCUUGAACCAAAUGAAUCAAUCGAAGUAUCUCCAACUGAAUUAAAUCAGCUACCAGCUAAUCCCAAUGGAUAUAAAUCAAUAUAUAUAGAAUCUGAAAAAACAGAUAAAAACGCUUUCAUUGACAUUCUUAUGGAAAAUAUUCAAGCCGAUUCAAACUCUUGUCCGUUGGGUAUUUUUCAUAUUGACCAGAAUAAUACAAUUUCUGAGUAUGACGAGCAACAAGAAAGAAUAUGGAUUUUUGUUCCUUCUUAUGAUUUUAAUUUGACACUUUGCUCAGAUGCUAUUCAUAAUAAUUCAAAUUUAAUUGUUAAACGUUUUGAGACAACUUGUUUCAAAAGAUUCACCAAGACAGAUAUCAACACAUUUUCAACAUGGAUUCCUGCUUGGAAUGGAACUGAACCUUUCAGGUGUAUUUGGUUCGUUGAGAAUCCUGACAAAUCUCAGGUUGAUGUCAAUUUUUCGUUUCGUUAUCGUAAAAAAGAUCAACCAAUAGGACAUGAGUUGGAUUUCCUGGUUGCAAUCGAAUCUAAUGAUCGUCGAAUCGUUCCGACAAUUGUAAAUCAAACUUCUAUGAGACAAAUGUCUAUGGACAGUCAAUUGAUUGCUAUGGAGUAUAUCGCUCUUCAGCCCGUUGGGAAACAACUUAAAUUGCAAAUCGAUAGGAAAACAUGGACUCCACAAUACAUUUCAACCGGUAGCAAUAAACCAUCAUCUUACCAAGCUAACACUCAGUGCUAUUGCGGUACAGAGAAUAUUGAUCAAAGAAUCGUUGGUGGUCACGAAGUAAAUCCGAAGCAUCGUUAUCCAUGGAUGGUAGCUUUUCUAAAACUUAAUGGUGAACCUUUCUGUGGUGGAACUGUGAUAACAAAUCAAUAUAUUUUAACAGCAGCUCAUUGUUUCGACAAUUCAUCUAGUCCAGCUUACAAUCCAAGAACAGUUAAACUGGCUAUUGGCGCUCACGAUCUAACUGUAGACAGAACUUAUUAUCGGAUUCGUUCAAUCAAAAUGCACGAAAAUUAUAAGAAAACUGGCUCAGCGUUGUAUAAUGACAUUGCGUUAGUAAAAAUUGACGGAAACUUGACAUUUGACCAGUUUACUGUUGCUCCGAUCUGUUUGCCAUCGCCAGAAAUGGUUGUGUUUAACAAUUUAACUGUCGCUGGUUGGGGCUUUACUAAUGAGGAUGGUGCUCCUAGUAAGGUACUGAGAGAUGUUACCCUUCCUUAUGUAACCAAUCGAGAGUGUCAAGAGUUUCACGGAGAAGUAAUUACUUCAAGUAUGAUGUGUGCCGGAGGUAAUCAAGACGAAGAUUCAUGUCAAGGAGACUCAGGAUCACCAUUAAUGUUUAGACGAGAUGGGGCUCUUUAUGCUGUUGGUUUGGUGUCAUUUGGCCUUGGUUGUGGUCGACCCUUCUAUUAUGGCGUUUACACUCGAACCUCUAGGUAUUUGAAAUGGAUUCAAGAUAAUACCAUUGGAUCAAAAAGCUGUCCUGUGUAUAUUGAUAAACCAUCAACUUCUUCAACACCAAUGCCAUCAAGUCAAUCAACACCGCGACCAACAAGCCCAGGGACAAACAUUAAAAAUGGAAUAAAUUCUAAGCCAAUUUAUCCUAACUUGGAAAACUGUGGUAUAAUGAACAUCAAAAACACUAGAGUAAUUGGAGGAAAAGAAACCAAUUCCAAUGAAUAUCCUUGGAUGGCUGCUUUAGGUUAUAGAAAAGACUUCAUAGGAGGUGGAGUUGUGGUUGCACCUUAUUACAUUUUGACUUCAGCUAGAAAAAUUAAAUCAUUGACACGAUCAUGGGAUUUCAAUUUAAGUAAUCUUACAGUUAUUCUUGGAGGUUUUGAUUUAACAGCAAAAGAGUCUUCAAAAGAAUUAUUUAAAGUUUCUAAAAUCUCAUUUCAUCCAUUAUCUUCCACUGAAAAUUACGAUUAUGAUUAUGCUCUUCUCAAACUAGCUCCAUCAAGAGGUAAUCAAAACUCAUUCAAUUAUAGACCAAUCUGUUUACCCAGAUCAUCAUUUGAGAUUAUUGACGGAAUAACAACUUUAGCUUUGGGUUGGGGAUCAACAGUUGCUGAAGGUUCAACUCCAACAAAUAAGCUUCGUCAAGUCAAAUUAGAUCUUAUCACUGCAUCAACUUGUCGUUCGUUUUAUCAAAAUGUGAUUACAAAUACUAUGUUUUGUGCGGCUAAACCUGGUGCUGAUGUAUGCUUUGGUGACGAUGGAGGACCACUUAUGUACCCCUUUCGUCAAAGGUGGUAUUUACUCGGAGUCUUUUCUUGGAAACCAUCUGAUGUUUGUGCUUUUCCCAGGAAACCCAGCAUAUUCACGGAUGUUCGACACGCUUUACCGUGGAUAACUUUUGUAACUGGGGCUGAGACUUUAUGAUUAUUUUAUUAAGAACUUUGAGUAAAAGUU